UUGCCCGAUAUCCCUCACUCGGGGACUUAUCGGGCCUGUCAUCAGCCAGUCAUCUCACACUCGACGCGCUACUUUAUCAUGUCGCGAUCCUCAUCCUACAUCCUUGCUCCCUCCCACCAUGGUUUAUCACAUCCUAGUCGGCUCCUACACUGACACCAUCGUCACCCUCGCGUUCGACGCCGAGAAGGGCACGCUCGAGCAGAUCGGGGCGACGAAGGCGGGGGACAGGCCCUCUUGGCUUGCUUCGUAUCCGGGCGAUGAUACCCUGAUCUAUGCGGCGUUGGAGGGCGAGGAUGGACAGGUUGCGGCGUUUCGGUACGAUCGGGAGAAGGCGGAGGGUACUGUUGUGGCGCAGAAUUCGACGGGUGGACAAGCACCUUGCGCGCUUUGGGUCACCAAAGACGAGAUCUUUGCCUCGAAUUAUCUGCCAGGCACCCUUGCGGUUCUCCCUAUCACGCCUGAACAGCCAUACUUCGUCGGGUCCUCGCCUCAAGUCAUCCCCUUCGAGGGCGUAGGCCCGAACAAGGAGCGGCAGGAGCAGUCCCACGCGCACUACGCUGUGAAGAUACCCACAUACAAUGAAGUCCUUGUCGCGGAUCUGGGCGCCGACAAGAUUUGGCGACUGAAGAAGGAGGGCGGGCAGUAUGUCGUUCGGGGCGAGAUCUCCUUCGCUGCGGGUGCGGGUCCGCGGCAUUUCGCUGUGUAUGAGGGCAUUCUGUACACGAUCUGCGAGCUGAGCGACGUCGUAACGGCGCAUACCCUUCCCCCACUUCCAAAGGAGGAUGAGCUGCUCGACUCGGUGCCACUCGCCUCGCCACCGAACCUGCCCGCCGAGCUCCUCAUCCCGACGCCUAACGCAACAUUCCCGACGCCGUACAUCUACGUCUCCGAUCGCAACGACUUUUCACCGGAUGGCGACCUGAUCUCUAUACUCGAGCCCGUUGACCCAUCGUCGAAGAAGUUGAAGCUUGUCACGCAGGUGCGGAGUGGGCUCAACCAUUUGCGAGGGCUGGUCGUCGGUGGGCCGGACGACAAGUAUCUGAUUGCGGGUGGUCAGAAUGGUGGUGGGGUGAAGAUGUUCGAGCGCGUGGACGGCGGGAAGGGGUUGAAGGAGAUUGUAGCGAAGGCAGAUGUUGAAUUGCCUACUCAUUUCCUGUGGGUGUAAUGCAAAUAUACUUGUGCGCAAUCUUGUUCUUCGAAUCUGGAGGUGAUUCUUGCUAUGGUACUUUCGGUAGGAAAGUGUUGUCACCUCGUUUUGUC